AUGUUCACCCACCUCCUCGGCCACCCCAUCCGCUUCGCCCUGUCAACCCUCAAAAUGACUUGCCUCGCCCACCUCACCCUCACGCAGCUCGUCCAAAUAUCCCCUGCCCAAGGGCCCUCCAUGCUACCCACCUUCACAGUAGACGGGGACUGGAUCGCCGCAGACAUGCGUCACCGCCUGGGCCGCGGCAUAACCACAGGCGACCUGGUUCUCUACAAGAUCCCCAUCUUCGCGAGCCAGAACGGCGUCAAGAGGGUAGUCGGCAUGCCAGGCGACUACGUGUCGCUGGGUACACCUGGGGAGAAUGGGGAGGACCAGAUGAUACAGGUUCCCCAGGGCCAUUGUUGGAUAGUAGGUGAUAAUCUGCCGGCUUCGAGAGACUCGAGACAGUUUGGGCCACUGCCGCUGGCUCUUAUUCAAGGCAAGGUCGUUGCCAAGAUUUUGCCCUGGCGAGAGAGAAAAUGGUUUGAUAGCGGAUUCGAGCGAAUGAACCAUGAUUAA